UUACGCUAUAUUUUAAUGCAAUUUUGGUUAGAUUGUGCUCUGUUUAUCGUAAGAAAGCUAAAGUAGCUGUCAAAUGAAGGCAGACGUAGUAUUGCGAAUUCUGAGAACUGAUCAAUAAAGCACAUGGUAUAUAUAGAUUGUAGCUAUAAUAAAGGACUUUCUUAGUUAAAUUGAUGAGCGAUUUGAUGAGUAAAGGCCUCAAAAUGUCUUUGAUUUGAUUUCGUGAGUGAGUUUUGUUUUGAGGUGACGAAACAUGUCAUUAGACAGGCAUUGUACUUAACCUAACCUAUACUUCGAAUUGCAAAUGAAAUUUGCAAACCAUCUGGAAAUUCAGUAUGAUUCAUUCUUGUGUGAUAAUGUUGUGUAAUAGCUAGUUAAAGGCUCUUAUGAAUAUAAAUCAUGUCUACAUUUCUUGGACUCAUUGAAGAGAUUCCCGGCAUCUCCAUUGAUCGUUUUGAUGGAGACAAUUUGAAUUCUUCUGCAUUUUUCUUGUCUCAUGGUCACACUGAUCAUAUGAAAGGAUUGAAUUAUGAUUUUUUUCAUUUUUUAAAAAGAAAAGAUAGUUUUCUUUAUUGCAGUCACAUAACUAAAUUAAUUGUAGAGAAUAAAUUUCCUAAGUUUGAUCGCUGUAUUAUUGAAAAACAUUUGAUUCAAAUAAACAUAGAUGAGUUAAACGUUAUAAACUAUGUACAUUGUGGUACUCAAGUAUCAAUUACUGUAACUUGUGUUCCAUCUGGACAUUGUCCGGGAUCUGUUAUGUUUUUAUUAAAUUUUGGAGAUAAGCGAAUUUUGUAUACUGGUGAUUUUAGAAUAAGCAUAGAAGAUAUUUCUAAAUUAAAAUCUUUACAUUAUACUACUAAUUCACAAAGACUACCAUUGCAAAUAGAUAAGAUUUAUUUAGACACUACUUUUUUGGAUGUGGACUUUCAAAUACUUCCUAGUAGAUUAGAUAGUUUAAAAAAGCUAGCAGCUGUUGUAAAAGAAUGGGUGGAAAAAGAUCCAAAGAAUGUUGUGCUAAUAGAAUUUUCAGCCAAAUAUGGCAGCGAAUUUCUGUAUAUGGAAUUAUCAAAGAUGUUAAAUAAAAGGAUUCAUGUUAAAGAUGAUCUUUAUAGAGUCUACAGUAGAUUAGAUAUCCUUGCCAAUCAUGUUACUGACAUAGCUGAAAGUACAUCCAUUCAUGCUUGUAUGGACAAAAAUGCAAGUAAAAAAAAAAAAGGUUUACAAUGUAGGCCAGAUGUUGUUCAAAAUAAUAUCUUAACAAUAAUACCAUCAGUUAUGAAAUGGGCUGGUAAAGAUACAUCCUGUAUUAUUGAACAUGAUAGUAUUGAAGCACAAACUAUAAAUGUCUGUUAUUCUACACACGCAUCUUAUAGAGAAAUUGAGGCCUUUAUUCAAUAUUUCAAACCAACAGAAGUAUUUGCUUGCGUUGAUAAAGAUGGAAUUGAUGACCUUUUAAGAAAUAUAAUGCAAAAUAAAAAACGUGAUAAAUUCCCUGCAGGUGUUAAAAAAUUGAAAUUUUCAAAUUAUAAAACUUUUAACAAUGUUAGUAAUUUUAAGCCUACACUUAUAAGUGAUGAUGAAGACGAAUAAGAUUUGUAAAUAUGUUUUAAUCUUGAUUAAUUUUAUAUAUGUGAUUUUUAUGCAUUUACAAGUUUUCAAAUAAUGAAAUAAAAUGCUACUAUAUGUUAUUUUAUAGGUGUUAUAGAAAUUUUGUACUUUUUUACAAUAAAAUGAAUUAUUUUCAAAUGAA